AAUUUUGACUCGCGGCCACCUUCAUGACGAAUGGGACGUCAGUAGGGAUGAGGGAUAUUUAAAUGGAUCUCGUUGUCAACACGUCGCGAGAAAUCUUUUUUUUCGCCUUUAAUGCUACGAAUUGAAUCUAACAUCGUCGAGUGUCAGGCUUUUCAAUUUCCGUUGAAAACGAUUCCUCGAUAGUGCCUGAAAUGCUACUUUGAGAUUUUAUGAUUCUGGGUGGGAGAACGACAUUGCGAGGUUAGCAAUGAAUAACGCCGGCGACAUAGCUUUAGCCCUGGAAAUACACCAGAGGUUGAACAAUAACGUCGGCGUCACGGAGAACGCGAUUCUCCCAAAAAAUGCGCAGGGAAAGGAGUACAUUCCUAGAACUUUGGUAGAUCACACUCUGGAGCUAAUCGAUCCAACUCCGAAUAUUUAUACGUUGUUUGUCCAGUUCAAUACCAGAUAUUUCUGGAAUAAGCUGUUGCCUGUUGAGGUUAAAUGGAGCAACAGAAUGACGACAUGCGCCGGCGUGUGUUCGUUCCACCCACGAAAUAAACAGUGUGUUAUUACAUUGAGCGCACCUCUUCUCAAGUUACGGCCUAGGAAAGACCUUGUUGAAACACUUCUGCACGAAAUGAUUCACGGAUAUUUAUUUCUCACAAACAAUAACAGGGACAGGGAUGGUCAUGGUCCAGAGUUCCACAAACAUAUGUAUCGGAUAAAUAAGGAAGCUGGAACAGACAUAAGCGUAUAUCAUGACUUCCACGAUGAGGUGAGACUGUAUCAACAGCAUUGGUGGCGCUGCAAUGGUCCCUGCCAAAAACGGGCCCCGUAUUUUGGUACUGUAAGGCGUGCAAUGAAUCGAGCCCCUGGGCCAAACGAUAACUGGUGGAACAUGCACCAGCAGACAUGCGGCGGACAAUUUAUAAAGGUCAAAGAGCCUCAGAAAGAACCAGCAAAAAGUAAAAAGCCUUCUGGAAAAAAACUUCCCGAUAUUCCAAAAUCGAAAGAUAUCUCAGAUUGGCUUACUAAACCUGACAAACCCAAAAACCAUACACCUCUUAAGACAAUCAUACCGCCAAAGAAAUCAACGAACGAUCCCAUUGUUUCUAAAACUGUUAGCAAUGCUGUCCCAUCAUCAAGUAAUCCAUCUACAUUUACGAAACUUGGGAAUACUUCUAACAAUAUUCAUGGAUGGGGCACAGGAGGUCCUAGCUGUUCGGCAAAUGUUCCAACGACGUCAAACGCUGGUACGAAGACUCCGAAAUUUCGUUCAAACGGAGUUCUCGGCGGUUCUGGACGUGGAAAAAGCAAUCUGCUGGAUAAGUUUCCAUUGUCAAAAGUAAUCGAACCAAAAAAAUCUACGAGUAUAAAACCUGAAUUAAAGAGUGGCACUGAUAUUGCAGUGAACAGUGAGAUAGUUGAUCUGUGCGAAACGCCAAACAAACGAAAAAGUACCAAUCACAUUACGACUGGCAACAAAAUUCCAAAGACAGAUGGUGACAAAUUUCCAGAGAGAACAAAGUGUCCUGUGUGCGAUAAACCUGUGAACAUUUCGAAGCUUAACGAUCAUCUUGACGAAUGUUUAAUAUCUGCCUCAGGCAGCGAUCGGAAUCACAGUACUCCAAAAUCAUCCAAAUACUCAAAUAACAAUCUGCAUGAUUCGCCGCAAGCUAGUGAAAUGAAUAUAAAAUCUAGUCCUAUUGUUAUACACGAUUCAAGUGGUUCCGACAUCCUUCUGAGCCCGCCAAUCAUUGAAGGCAAGCGAAAGUGUCUCGUUUGCGACGAGUUUAUUGAUCCAGGUGUCACAUUGAGCGAUCAUCUAGAAGCAUGCAUUGGGUCUGCCUUCACGGAUGAUUCCAUUCCUGAAUUCGAAGAAAACGACGAAACUACAAAUGGUGACCGACCACAAGAAAAAAGUUUUCCCUGCCCCAUUUGUAUGAAGUUCAUUAAGGAGAACGUUAUGAACCAACAUUUGGAUACCUGCCUUAGCAAAGAUCUGUUGAAAAACUAUAUAGAAUAAAAGAUUAUAUUCAAUCAGGUACAAAGUCAGUACGAGUUUCUGCAAACAGAUAUUUAAAGCCUUGAAGUGUUCUUUUAGUCACAUAAAAAUUAAACUGAUAAUUUAUAAUUACUAUUUCAUCUACUCGUGAUAAUUGUAUUCUUUGUUUUAAUCGACAUUGGUUAUUUAUGUUUUUUAUUGUGCUUUAAGAUUUCCGUCAUUUUUUCUGUAGUUUUUAUAUUCGAGUUAAUUUAAUUGAAUAGAAGGAUGGCGUCAAUUGUUAUAUAAAUGAAGAUCAUUGGAUUGGUAACUCUUAAGAAAUACAGCUUCAAAUACUAUUGUUUAAAUGUACAUACACUAUUAUAUAAUAAUAAUAAUUAUUUUAUGUUUAGUUUUGACCGUAGAAUACAAAGUCAAAAUAAAUAUUGUUACUUUUCUAAAAUUUACUCAUUAACCAGUCACGAUUUUUUUUCAUAUUAAAUCCUAUAAGGUGUAUAAAGUAUUUACGAACAUUUAAUAUUUAAUCAAUACUACUUCCUAAUCUAGGUAAUUUCUUCAC